UCCACUCAAUGGCCCGACCAAAGUAGAUGUUUGUGUACGAGAGAGAGAGAGAGAGAGAGAGAGAGAGAGAGAGAGAGAGACGCCCCUGUAUCACGUCUCGUUCCAGUUGCUCCAAAUUCAGGGAGAGACAGAGAUCUGUGGAAUUCGGUAGAUCUUCGACUCUAGAGGUGUCGGACCAGAAGAAUUAGUACAAGAAGAAGAAGACGAAAUGCUGCCCACUGUAUCAAGAGGGCGCACGCCCUCACACGUUCGGUCCAACUCCAAUCCCGUCUUCCCACAGUACCUCCGGAGAAUCGUCAAGUGGCAACAAAUGGAUAUCGAGUAUACUUUCUGGCAGAUGCUUCAUCUCUGCACCUCACCUAAAAUUGUCUACCAGCAUACGAAGUACCAUAAGCAAACUAAAAAUCAAUGGGCACGUGAUGAUCCAGCCUUCAUUGUUGUCUGCAGUCUUCUUUUGGUUGUUUCUACUCUGGCUUACUGCACGGCGUAUGACCAUAGCACGGCACAUGCAGUUUUUGUAAUAAUUUCAGUAUUGCUGUUCCAUUUUUACCUAACCGGAGUAGUUGUGGCCACGUGCUGCUGGUUUCUGACAAAUAAUUAUCUUCGGGAGGAAGCUCCGAAUAGUCAUGUGGUGGAGCAAAGGGUUGAAUGGCUGUAUGCUUUUGAUGUACACUGCAACUCUUUCUUCCCAAUGUUUGUUAUGCUUUACGUGAUGCAUUAUUUUCUAUCACCGCUCCUGGUAGCUCACGGAUUCAUCCCGGUUUUGCUGUCGAAUUUGCUUUUUAUGGUUGCUGUUUCCUCCUAUCAUUAUCUCAACUUUUUAGGUUAUGAUGUACUGCCGUUUCUGGAACGUACCACUUUUUUCUUGUAUCCUAUUGGCAUUGUCAUCAUCCUUUCACCUAUCUUGACUCUGAGCGGCUUCAAUCCGUCAAGAUACUUCAUGAACAUGUAUUUCAGUCAACGCUUAUGAUUUCGCUGUCGUUUACUCUUCAGUCUUCAUAUGGCGUAUAUAAUUAUGACGGAUGGAAUUAGUUGAGACAAUGAAGAAGCAUAAGACGGCUUUAAUGAAGGCACGAUUGGUUCUUAUAGAACUGUAAAGGAAGAAGUACGACCAUGUGGAAAAGCAAUAGGUAGUUACUAUUGUUUAUGGUCAUUUGAUUGCUCCAAGCAAAAGUCCUAACCAAGGGAUUUCAGGGCUCAAGUUGUUGUUUUGCCCCUCUGGGGGAGAACACCAUUAAUGAUUUUGUCAAUUAUAGUGGUUUUUCGCUUGUCGAUUCUGGUUUUUCCUUGAGUUUAAUUGAACCAAUUUCUGAAAGAUGUAACUCCUUUUGCCCCACGCCCCACUUGGAGUAACUUCACUCGGAACCAAUAUCAUGAAUCUAGAAGUUCCGCUGACUGGCUUACUUCUUAAGUAAUACGGUCAUUUGCUGUUGCGGUUAGUGCAUUUCUGUGUAUCAAUUCUUGAUGUGAUUGGAAAUCUAAUAUAUACAGACUCACAAUUUUGUUUCAA